AUGUCGCGAUACGUGGUCACCCUUUUGUUACUUGGUUGUGUCGGAUUAAGUAGAGGACAGUUUAGAUGCCCGGAACUUAAGGGUUUCUUCCCGGAUCCGGAACAGUGCGAUCUUUAUUACGCCUGCGUGGAUGGUAAGGCGGAAGAGAAAUUGUGCAAGGACGGGCUCGUCUUCAGGGACGACAACCCUAAGAAGGAGUUCUGUGAUCUACCGGCCAAUGUACCCUGCGGUGAUAGAACUCUUCUUCAGGAACCACAGCCAUCGAAAGGAUGCCCGCGUGCCAAUGGAUACUUCAAGCACGAAGAUCCGACCGCGUGUGACCGUUUCGUGAACUGCAUCGAUGGCGUGCCCCAGGUAAUGCCUUGUCCGCCUGGCUUAAUCUACGAGGACAAGAUGUCAAGUUGCGUAUGGGCUGCGGAUGCCAGCAGGCUGUGCGAGCACGUGAAGAGAGACGCCCUUGACGAUGGUUUCGUUUGUCCUGACGGUGAUGUGGCUGGUCCCCUCGGCAGGAUCUUACCCCAUCCUACGUAUCCUCAUCCGGAGGACUGUGCCAAGUUCUACAUUUGCAAAAAUGGCGUCCAACCGCAGAAAGGACAAUGCGAGGCUAGCACCGUUUACAGCGAGGACAGCUUUAGGUGUACCGAUCCGGAGAACGUGCCUGGAUGCGAGGAUUAUUACAAGAACAAGAACUGA